GGGAGAGAGUGAGUGUGUGUUGUGAGGGUUGUGGUGAAUGUGUGGCACAACUGCUGGCAAGUGAUGGCAACUAAUGCCACGUUAGCCUCACUUCACUCUCUCUCCCAUACAAUACAUAACAUAACAUUCAGUCGAGUUGUGAAGCGUUUAAAUCGCCGGUUAAGUCAGUGUUGAGAGAAAAAAAACUGAGCGCUGAGUUCACCCAAAACUUCACCAUUUGAUUGUCUCCUCACAAGUGAUCCACACACUGACAACACAUCCGCAAUGAAGAUAUUGAUAGCACUUGCGUUGUCUGCGAGCCUGUGUCUGGUCGGCGCCGAUGACAUCAAACGUGAGGAAAAUGUAUUGGUUUUAACGAAAGACAAUUUCGACGACGCGAUCACCAAUUCAUUCAUUUUAAUAGAGUUUUACGCCCCCUGGUGUGGACACUGUAAGGCAUUGGCGCCCGAAUUCGCCAAAGCGGCCACUCUUUUGGCCGAAGAGGGAUCAGAGAUAUUGUUGGGUAAAGUGGACGCGACUGAAGAGUCUGAAUUGGCCGAGAAGUUUGAAGUGAGAGGUUAUCCGACACUUAAAUUCUUCCGAAACGGAAAGCCCUCCGAAUAUAGCGGCGGCCGAACGGCCGAAGACUUAGUCAAAUGGCUUAAGAAGAAGACCGGACCGCCGGCUGUGGAGCUGACCACCGAAGAGCAGGCGUUGAAGUUCAGGGACAGCGCCGCUGUUGUUGUCGUCGGUUUCUACGAAGACAAAGACAGCGCCGACGCCAAGACGUACUUAGAAGUGGCGGCCAAUAACGAUGAGCACCCCUUUGCCAUUGUGUCCGACAAAGACAUCUUCAAGGCUUUGGACGCCGACAAAGACGGCAUUGUUUUGUACAAAAAUUUCGAUGAAAAACGCAAUGACUUCGACGGAGAGGUGACGCCAGAGAAGCUGAAGAAAUUCGUCUCAACCAAUAGUCUUCCACUUGUCGUUGACUUCAGUCACGAGACGGCACAAAAGAUAUUCGGCGGUGAAAUCAAAGCUCACAAUUUGUUGUUCGCGAGCCGUAAGAGUUCGGACUACGAGACCAUAAUCGAGGGCUUCAGAAAUGUGGCCAAAGAGUUCAAGAAUAGAGUGCUGUUCGUGACCAUCAACACCGACGAAGAAGAUCACGAAAGGAUUAUGGAGUUCUUCGGCCUCAAGAAGGACGAGACGCCGUCCCUGAGACUCAUCAAACUGGAGGAGGAAAUGACUAAAUUUAAGCCCGAAAACAAGGCCUUAGAUGAGGAAACCAUUAAGACAUUCGUUGAGGGCGUCCUCAGCGGCAAAGUUAAGCAACACCUGCUGUCGCAAGAGUUGCCCGAAGACUGGGACAAGACUGGUGUGAAGACUCUGGUGAGCACUAACUUCGAUGAAGUGGUGUUUGACAAGUCUAAGGACGUAUUGGUGGAGUUCUACGCGCCGUGGUGUGGACACUGCAAACAAUUGGUUCCUAUCUAUGACCAGUUGGGCGACAAUUUCAAGGACUCGGCAACCGUUGUGAUCGCCAAAAUGGACGCCACGGCCAACGAGUUGGAACACACAAAGAUCAACAGCUUUCCCACCAUUAAACUGUUCAAAAAGGAGACCAAUGAGGUAACGCCACUGUCACUCCCACUCUCGACAGUGGUGGACUAUAACGGGGAACGCAAUUUAGAGGGUCUCACAAAGUUUGUGGAGAGCGGCGGACAGACCGGCGCUGAUCCCAAACAAGAGGAAGUGGAUGAGGAGGAAGAGAAAGAGGAAGACAAGGCAUCGAAGGAUGAGCUAUAAUACUAUAGUCUUUCAUACAUAUAAAUUGUAAACUAAUUUGUUGUCAAUUUGUUUCAUUCAAAUCAUGAUAAAUUCGGGCAUUUUUUAGAUAAAAAUUAAUUAUAAAAAUUUUUUGGUGAAACUUAUGUUUAAUACGAAUUCACAAAUUAAAAUGUUUUUUACACUAA